AUGGAUCAUCCAAAAUCACAAAUCGUCCCCAUAAUCCACACCCUCUGCUCCGGCAGUCCUUCCGCUCAGAAAGAAGCUCUUGAAACUUAUUUCACCAAUGAUGCAUCUUUCUCACAUCCCUUAUGUUCUGUGCCUUCGUUUUCUACGGUGAGGAUACCGGUUCUUGGCGAGGUUGAUAGUAGAUGGGUGCUUUGGUGUGUUUAUAGGUGGUAUAAGGUGCUGAGUCCGAGGAUUGUGGUGGAGGUUGAUGGGGUUGAAUACAACCCCGAAACCCAAACCCUCUUCCUCCAAAUCCACCAAAUAUUCCACCUCUUCUUCGUCCCCUUCUUCGCUCCCACCGUUUACCUAACCACCAUCCUCUACCUCACUCCUUCUACAGGCAGAUUACAAUCUCAUAACCACAACUCAUUCGAAGGAUCAUCAACCGGCGCUUCAGAAAGUAGAAGAAGAACAAAAUACUUGAUAAAACACCAAGAAGAUUUAUAUCAAAGCACGGAAGUGGUGAAGUUUUUCUGGCCGGGUGGAACGAAAGUUAUCAGCGCUUGGAGAUUGUUUGCUACGCUGCUUUGUAUUUCUGGCGCGAUAAUUUUUGCCCCCUUUACGUGGAUGCAGGAGUGGGGAUGGUUUGGGAAUGGGUGGGAUGUUAAGGAGAAGAAGAAGGAGAGUAGGGGCGAGGUGAAUGGUGUUAAUGGUAGCAAUGGGGUUAAUGGUGGAAGAAGGGAAACCAGAAACGCUAAUGGAGAGGUGAGGAAGAAUAGGUAG